AAAAUUUGUUCUUAAUAAAGAAGGGUUCUGUAAUUUUAUACAGGUCUAUAGUCAAUAUAUUUGUAUUUCUGUCAUAUUAUUUUUCCAUUGAAAAAUGAAAUUUAGUCAACAUUGAAAAUGGGAAACAGCAGUAGCCAAAUCCAUGAUAUUUUGCCACCAAUAGUUUCAAAUAUUUUAUGUGAGGAACCCGUGAAUACUCUAAUUUCAGAUGAGAUACGUGGUCUGACUUAUGAAAAGUUUUUAACAAUAAUGGGAGAAUUAAAUCGCUUGUCCAAACAAUGCCUGGAUUCAAAUGGAAAACAACUAGUCUUUGCUGUGAAAAAGGAUACAGACUCAACAAUCCUUUGGAAAGCCACUGUACAGAUUGCAUGCGUGAAAAUUGAUCCAGAGACGCAAGAAAUAGAAACUUACAGGCUAAUUAACCUGGCUCAAUUUCUGAAAAUUUUCAAAACAUUAAAAUGUCAAAGCAAUGCUGCAGAACAUAGUAAAAAUGAUAUGAGCAUGUCCACUUUAAUUCAAAGAUUGGACAGUUCUAGUUCAGCUGAAAGUACAAAUGAAUGUUGUAUAUGUUUUGAAAGACAAAAGGAAGUUACUUUGCCUUGUGCUCACAGUUAUUGUCACAAAUGUAUUGAGGAAUGGAACGAAUGUCAUGAUACUUGUCCAAUAUGUCGCGAAAUAUUGGAGAGUCCCGACGACACUUGGGUGAUGUCAGAAGUACCAAAAGCUGAAGAGAUCUGCAAAGAAAUUCGUGAAAAUUUGACUGAGUUAACUGAAGAAAGAACUAGUUGCAAUCCAUCAUAAAAUAUUGGCACAUUCCUGCACUAUGAUUUUUUGGUAUUUAUAUUGCAUUUAUAUACUUAUAUGAUGUUAUAAUAUUGUGUAUAUACUGUAGUUAUGUAUUUUAAUAAUGUUUUAGACUACCCCAAAAGGGAUUAAAAAAUUUGAGCCGACAAUUAAAUUUAGUCAAAUAUUCCUAUGUCAGUAUUUGUAAUUAGGCUGUGAAAUUGUUUAUGAAUGUUUGUAAUUUUUCUUUGUUUUACAUUAAAAUUCCUACUCAAAUAA